ACUAGGAGAGAGGUGAUCUCGCGAAAGAAAAGAAGUCGGAGCGCUCGCGAGAUCUCAGAACACCGGUCCCGAAAGGUUCUUAGGAAGUUGAAGGCCCCGGGGCAAAUGGCUGGAGCUGGACCAACCAUGCUGCUACGAGAGGAGAACGGCUGUUGUAGUCGGCGUCAGAGCAGCUCCAGCGCCGGGGACUCAGACGGGGAGCGCGAGGGCUCACCGGCUGCGCGGGCCCGGCAGCAGCUGGAGGCGCUGCUCAACAAGACAAUGCGCAUUCGCAUGACAGAUGGACGGACAUUGGUCGGUUGCUUCCUCUGCACCGACCGCGACUGCAAUGUUAUCCUGGGUUCGGCGCAGGAGUUCCUCAAGCCGUCGGAUUCCUUCUCUGCCGGGGAACCCCGCGUGCUGGGCCUGGCCAUGGUACCCGGCCACCACAUCGUUUCUAUUGAGGUGCAAAGAGAGAGCCUGGCGGGGCCUCCCUAUCUCUGAACACGAUCGCUCAUGUAUGCCUUUCAGACUUCAUUAAACCUGUACCUGAA